AUGGAUAUUCCGAUGCUCGGUGAGGGCUUGCGGAAUAUUGGCACGUCAAGUACUUACACUCCCUUGGAUCCUCUACUUAUUAAUCAGGACUUGGUGAUUAAUGACUCCCAAUUCAACAAAUCUUUCCAAGAAGAGCAUGAGAAUGUUUCAAAUUUGAAGGUUGGUGAUCAAAUAUUGCAAGAAGAGGCUCAUAUUGAUGUGGAUAGUGAACUCGACCAUAAAGUUGGCAUCCAAGUUCAGAAGAAACCAGAUUUAGUGAAAGGGCAGUGGACUUCUGAAGAAGACAGAAUUUUGGUUGGCUUGGUUGAGCAAUAUGGUCUCAAGAAAUGGGCUCAUGUAGCUCGAAUGAUAAAGGGGAGAAUUGGGAAGCAAUGUAGAGAAAGAUGGCACAACCAUCUAAGGCCUAACAUCAAGAUGGAUAGUUGGAGUGAGGUGGAAGACAUGAUCCUGAUACAGGCUCACUCCGAGCUCGGGAACCGGUGGGUCGAGAUCGCCAAGCGACUCCCCGGUAGAACUGAGAACGCAAUCAAGAACCACUGGAACACCAACAAGCGUAGGCAGUGUUCCAGUCGGCCGCACCGCAAGUCCCGGCAGGAUGGCAAACCCAUGGCCAGUGCACUUUUGCUCAAUUACAUCCAGAGCUUGAACCCAAAGAAACACAACAGCAACAAUGAGACAGUGCCAAACUAUUUUAGCAUGACAACAGCUCCUCUUCCUCCACUACCACCUCACUACUUGAGUAGCAACUCCGUCGAGGACAACGAUGGAUUACGAUUCCUCGACGAUAGGGACUUCGUAGACCCUCCUGAACUGCUGCUUGAUCUAAGAGGGCUGCCUGGUAAGGAUGACAUGAGUUGUGUGUUUGAACAACUAGGAGGAGGAUGUGAGGAUGUGAUGCCAAUUAGUCCAAGUGAUGAGUACUGUGUUAAGAAGGAUAUGGACCUGAUAGAGAUGAUAAAUAUGACCACCAAAAAGACCACCCAGUAG